CAUUUCAAACGUACCAUUGUUCUCCGUCCUGUUGUUUCUGAACGCAAUAACGGCACGUUAGUUUGUGAAAUCCUCGUGCUAAAGUCCCCCACCGGCACUUUCAGUUCCCCUUUAGCUUACGUGCAGCUGUAAACCCGCCUCAGAAAACCCAACAGCUUCACUUCCACUUUAUUCAACUAAUCACUCUCUCUGUCUCUGUCUGUGAGCGUCUGAAGAGCUUCGAAUCCCGCGUCACCCAGCAUGUCUCUCCCGCAACAGCUGCGCGACGAAAGUGAUUUCGAUCAGCUUCCAGACAACAUUCCAGUCACUGCAACCAUUGCCGAUAUUGAGGAAAAGAAAGGUUUCAUUGUUUACUAUAGGUUCGUAAUUGAGGUGAAGACCAAAGGCAACAGUAAAUACUUGAUCUACAGAAGGUAUCGUCAGUUCUUUGCCCUGCACCAGAGUUUGGAGCUUAAGUACUCAGCUGAAGCCCAGCCGGGAUACUACACCUGCCAACUACCAACCCUGCCAGGUAAGGUGUUUAUGGGGAACAAAAAAGAGAUUGCAGAGAGCAGAAUCCCAGAGCUCAACAAUUACAUGAAGAGGUUGCUUUGCCUGCCUACCUGGGUACUCUUGGAUGAUCUGAUACGGAUGUUUUUCUAUCAGACCGAGUCGGACAGCCAACAGGUCCCCCGGGCCCUGCGCCGCCUGCGGCCCCCCACACGCAGAGUAAAAACUGUAAAGCCCAAAACGGACCUUCUCUCCGCACCCAGAGCAGAGGCGGUGUUUGACUUCAGUGGCAGCGGACGCCUGGAGCUCAGUCUGAAGGCUGGAGAUGUGAUCUUCCUCCUGCGAAGAGUCAACGCAGACUGGCUCGAGGGCACAGUGAGAGACAAAACUGGAAUCUUUCCCGAGUCGUUCGUGAAUAUUAUUAAACCUCUUCCCGAGAGUGACUCUGAUGAAGAGGGCGGAGCUUCCAAAAGCGGAAAACAUACUCCGAGUUCAUACAGCUGCCUGCGCUGCUAUCUGCUGCAGCCAGAGGGCAUCGACACAAGGGACAUUUGUGUUGAGGAAGAUCUCUCCAUUCAGCCAUCUUACGAAGAUCUGCUUUCCAGAAUGAGGGAUGUCUUUCAAGAGAAAGAUAUUGCUUUGAACUACCGGGACCCUGAGGGCGAUCUGAUACGGAUAUUAGACGAUGAAGACGUCACCCUCAUGGUGCAAGAGAGCAAACAGACGGGGUCAAAGGUUAAACGGCCCGUGAAUCAGUUUCCCUGGGAGCUGCUGGUCACCCAGGCCAAAGAUCUGACCGUCUACAGCACCGACUAUUGAAACGAGCCGACGACGCAAACCGUUGCACAGAAUUUCUUAGUUUACGUGGUUUUCAAAUUGAAAACUGUUCAUGUAGGGUUUACCCAAUAAUAUGACAGAUUUUAUUGCGUUUACUCAACCUCGAAUCAUUUGUGGCUUUUGAAGCAGAAUCGUUUGAACCAGUCUAAAUGAUUCAUUUAUGAAUCAGAUUGAAUUCACUGGUAAUCACUGAAAAUUAACAGCUUAAUCAACAAAAAAAUUUAAUGACUUUAGAUCAGUGUUAUUAUUAACUAUUAUUAUUUUUUAUAUACAGUUCAUUAAGAUUUUU